UAUACUGAAUAAACAAAUAUCUUUCGAUAAUUUAUUCGGAAGUUAAAGCUUACAUAACAUUUGCUGGGAAUUCUAAUCAAAAUAUGUAUAUACGUUGUCAAUUGACUGCUAAGAAAAACAAUACUCUGCGAUAAAAUACUCGGUCUUUCUUAAAAACAAAACUGUAUUAAAACUCUUUAAAUAAAGAUUACAAAUAUACGUAAAAGUGACAUUUUUUUUCUGCGGGAUUCUUAGUAGUAGUUCGUUGUUUUGGUUGUCAUCUGUUCAGUAGCUCAUCAACUCGUGGUUUUUUUUGGCAGCACUGAAAGUUCAUGAGCUCUCUCAGAAGGCAAACAGAGGAAUUUCGAAUAAUUUUAUCUAUGGUAAAAACUCCAACAUGACAGUUAAUAGCCAGCAAUAUAAAUAACGCAAACUGUUCAGACUUUAAUUGCCAAGCAUAAGCAAUAAGCAAGUGUUGUUCUAUCGUCAGCAGUCUGGCUGCAAUACCGGGUCUUUCUCGGCGUCGUUGCUGGCGAAAAAGUUGUCGCGAGAACAUUUAUUGCCUGUGGAAGUAUAUCGUAACGUCUAGUUAGUUUUGAAAAAAGUUAAAGAGUGCUAUUGCGGAUUUUGAAGGAACAACGAUAAAUAUGAUUAAAAAGAAUUAAGCAAUGUUUGGUCAUUCCAGGUCUCGAUUCUAUAUGUUGCCAUACUAUUGCUCAUUUGACUCAAAGUGCUUCAGAUCAUAUGUUAGUUGUACAUUAAUGGAAUCAAAACAAAUUAUUGUGGCGAGAUAUUGUACGACAAAUAAAUUAAGCACUAAGAAAGAUAUAAAUAAUUCAAAUAAGGUUGGUAUAACUGCCUUUAAAAAACAAAAUUACAGUUACAAUGGUACACAGCAAAUGUUCAAUAUCAAAAAUAUGUUUAAUAAUUCUACAACGGAUGAUUCAAGUGAUCAACAGGCAAAUUCAACAUAUAUUAAGCGUGUGGUUGUCUUUUUAGAAGAGGUUUUACAUAUGGACGAUGUCCGGCGCGCACAAGAACAAGUCAUAAAUAUUAAGAAUGAAUUACAUGAGACGGGCAAUAAAAAAAGGUUAAUUCAAAGAGAUUUGGAUAUACUGCGCCGAGAUCUGAAUAAAGUAUAUAAGGAAUUUAAGAUAAAUUGGAACUCAUGUCAAUAUCUGGAGUUGGUGAAGAAAGAAGUAGAUAUAUACACGGAAAUCGACGAGCUUCAAAAGGAGUUGGCAGCGGUUGAUGGACAUGAACAAUAUUUAUUCAAUGCUUUUUCCGUGGCUAUAAAUGAUUCAUAUGAAAAGGAAAAGAUUUAUACCAAUAUGAUUAAAAUCCUCGGUAUUGUUGGAACGUUAUUAGGCUCUUUCAUCACGUUUGUACUCUCAGUGGUUGGAUUUCUUUAUAAUCAAAGGAAAUUUUAUACUUUACGAAAAGAUGUUCAGAGUGCCCUUACUGAUCAAGUGCUUCAUAAAUUAGACAAGGUUAUUGAAGACAUAAAAGAUUUCCAGCAAACAGUUAAUGUAAAGCAGUCAAUGGUCCUGACAGAAAAACCUGUGGAAUCAUGGGGCUCCUAUCUCAAUCGUAAUACGCGAUGGAUUUACGGUUGGGCUUUACCAAAGAAGUGAUAUUUUUCGUAUUUAUUUUGUGUUAUAUAAGAAUAGUUUUUAAACUGUAUAACAUUAACAUAUAACGCAAACCAUUUUCUUGUUACUGUAAUUGAAAAGUCAAACUUGAGUUAUUACGUUUUUCUUGCUGCAAAUGAAUAUUCCCAAGUAAAGCA